GCGGCGGCGGCGACGACGUGAGCGCGCAGGGGGGCGGCGGCCUCGCCUCGUCUCGCUCUCUCGGCUCUGGGUCGGGGUGACGCCGAGCGCCGGAGCGAUGUCGGAUUUCGACAGUAACCCGUUUGCGGACCCGGAUCUCAAUAACCCGUUCAAGGAUCCAUCAGUUACACAGGUGACAAGAAAUGUUCCACCAGGACUUGAUGAGUAUAAUCCAUUCUCGGAUUCUAGAACACCUCCACCAGGCAGUGUGAAAAUGCCUAAUGUACCUAAUACACAGCCAGCAAUAAUGAAACCAACAGAGGAACAUCCAGCUUAUACACAAAUUGCAAAGGAACAUGCCCUGGCUCAAGCUGAACUUCUUAAGCGGCAAGAAGAACUAGAAAGAAAAGCUGCAGAAUUAGAUCGUCGAGAACGAGAAAUGCAAAACCUCAGUCAACAUGGUAGAAAAAAUAAUUGGCCACCUCUUCCUGAGAAUUUUCCUGUGGGACCUUGUUUCUAUCAGGACUUUUCUGUAGACAUUCCUGUAGAAUUCCAGAAGACAGUAAAGCUCAUGUACUACUUAUGGAUGUGAGCGACAGUUCCUUCAGAUUCUUUGUAUUCUUCUUCGUCUAUAUCUGUCAGUUUGCUGUCCACGUGCUCCAGGCUGCGGGAUUUCAUAACUGGGGCAAUUGUGGUUGGAUUUCAUCCCUUACUGGUCUUAACCAAAAUAUUCCUGUUGGAAUCAUGAUGAUAAUCAUAGCAGCACUUUUCACAGCAUCAGCAGUCAUCUCACUAGUUAUGUUUAAAAAAGUACAUGGACUGUAUCGCACAACGGGUGCUAGUUUUGAGAAGGCUCAACAGGAGUUUGCAACAGGUGUGAUGUCCAACAAGACUGUCCAGACUGCAGCUGCAAAUGCAGCUUCCACUGCGGCAACAAGUGCGGCUCAGAGCGCUUUCAAGGGGAACCAGCUCUAGAGGCCUCCGCAGUGUGCUGUUACCUUCUGACGGUACCAUUCUCUCCAGUUACUGUAUUCUGCAGAUGUUUUUAUGUUGGAAACACAGUACACACAGCAUGGAUAUUUCCUGUUCACAUGUGCAUGGGCUAAAAGCAGAAAACUUCCUCACCUUAUUUUACCAAAUAGUUUUUUCAUAUUUCAGUUCCCCAGCAGAAGAAUAUUACAUGCUAAAUAAAUAUUCUCCAUAUUUUCGGAGGAUGGUGUUCAGCAAAUUAUUUCAGUGGUGACUCGCUGAAAUGAACAUGGUACUUACAAUCUAAAAAGCUCUUAGCACUAACUGUAGUUGUUCUUUCAAGACCCUUUAAAGGUAAGGAUGACACAGGAAAGCAUUCUUUUUUUUCCUUAUUUAUUUUGAAAGAAAUAGGCCAGCAGAGACAUGAAUUUUAAGUUGACUUGCUUCUCUAUCAGUUUCAUCACCAGUGAGAGCCUGUGUGCUUUGUGGUAGAUGAUGUAUAUUUGGUCUUCUUUAUUUUCUUUUUUAAGAGUAGCUGAUAUUUUGAUAACAAUUCUGAUCUUGCAUGGCAACAUGUUGCUUAAAAGAAUUAGUGUUUUGGGUUCUGUACUGCGUAUAGUUAUAGGAAUCAGGGUUGUUUAUGGAUCAUAGAAGCGAUUUUCUGUAAUAGUUGCUUUUAAAUAAGAAUUUCUUGGGGCACAGUAUGAGACUUUACUAUAAUAUGCAGUGCAUUAUCCAAAAGAGAAGUUAGUUUGUCAAUGCAAUAGAGUAUAGUAAUAAGAAUUCCUUUUAUUUUAUUUCUGAUCAUCAGUAUUCAUAUAGUAAAAUUUUACUGUAUGGAAACUUUUGUAUAUUCUUGUGGGUACUCUUUUUUUAAUUGAACUGAGAUUGUGUUUGUCAGCUUAUUUUUGGGGUGCGUGUAUGUGUGUGUGUAAUUUUUGACAGAGGUGUUAAAGGCUAACCUAAUCCUUGUCUAAAAAGAAUAUACAGUAUUUAAGGAAUUUUUCUUUUAGCUUCUCACUUCUAGUGGUAUUAAAAAUAAAAUGACCUUAGCAUUUCUAAUAUACUUGAAUCCAUAAUGCACCUACGUCUUUCACUUUUUGAGAUAGACCAAAUACAUUUAAAUUGUUCACCAAUAGAAAAAUCAAAACAUUGCACCAAACAAAAAAGUAUGUAUACAGUCAAAGGCAUUAAUUAUGAACAUAAUCAACAUUGAAAUCAUUACUGUGCCACAUAGAACUUUAUUCUUAGGGAAUACUUGGGUUUAAACUUUGAGUUAUUUUUAAUAUUGAUUAAAUGACUCAAAUUUCUAAAUCUUGCUACUGUGGUUUGAAAGCCUUUAGAUAACUUUUGACUGCAGAAUGAUAGGUAGUGAUUUAUUCAGCCUGAUUUUAAAUAAGGAUGAUAUCUUGGAUUAUAUUGAGACCAGUAGUCUUUUUUUAAAAAAAUCAAGUGGGCAUAAAUGUGAAUACAUCACUUUUCUUCUCCUUCCCAAAUCUGGAGUUAAAGUAAGUUUCAUGUUGGGGGUGGGAUGCCAAGUUCUUACUGUUGAGGAAGCUCUGUGCUGCUUGGAAACACAGCUCAUCUAGACGGUGUUUACAUUUGCGCUAUUUGGGACUUUACCGAGUACUAUAGUUGGAAGGUAUUUCUUUUAUGCUGAAUAAAAUAGGAUUCAGAGUAUGAAGUAAAUCUGUUUUAUAAAUACUUCCCAUCAGUGAUCAUCUUCAUCUACAUUCUCACCCACCUCAUCAGUUCUGGUCCUUUAGAUCCUGUAGUCAUAGUGAAAACUUACUUUAUUGAGUGUGGGUUUUACAGACAUUCAAAACAUUAACCACAAAAUACAAGAGCACUGUACCUGCCACUAAUAUAUAUUCCAAGUUCAUUUUUUGUUUUUCUUUCAUAAAAGAAAAACAUACAAUAAUAACAAAAUAUUUAUUGUAUGAGACUUCUGAAAAAUACUGAUAGUCUCUCCUUCAGAAUUGCAAUGUUUCUUUUAUGUAGAAAUCUUCAAAGGUAACGUUAUUAAAAGCAAACAAUUAUUACAACCCACAGUAUCUUUUUCUGUGUGAAUAGAAAAAAAAAAAACUUUAAAUUUAGAUUUACCUGGGUUAAUACAAGUUUGAGAGGGAAAAUUGUUUUUAAAAACAUAAGUAUACAUUAAAAUGAUGACAAUGCCUACAGUUUGAUCAGGUAUGAAAGCAGCUUUAAAUUCUCAUAUUCACUAUUUUCUUGACAAUAAUCAGUAAACAGUUACAUUUUAUUUAGCAAAAGAUUGCCAUUUGUUAGUGUUUCAUACUUAAUACUAAAAUUAUGUGGCACCACAAUCACGAAAUAGUGUUCAUAUCGUGGGCCUACAUGUCAUCUUUCAGUUUGCAUUAUUAAAUCAUGGCUGUUCUAUUUCAAGCUAAAGUUUGAUCACUGGAAAAAUCCUUGCUCAGUAAUUUGUAAACUGGGUCUUAGUUAUUGAUCUGGGGAUGUUUGUAUAUUUUGUAGGUGCGUAUACUGCGCUGCCGUCAUGGUGACUGUCACAGUUCUGUACCAAUGCCUUCCAUCUGUCCUCUGAUGUUGCAUGUUUUCAGUGGUUUGGAAGUUUUGUAUAUUUAUUGUAUUAAUGCAGAGUGUCAUAAAAUAAAAUACUGUUUAUUGGA